GUAUAAAUAAAAAUUUCUUUAAUCUCCAAGGAGAGAAGGUAUUAUGCAUCUUUAGACAUUACCUUCCUCCUAAGUCCCUUUUUUCAUUUGAUCGAUCAAGAAAAAAACCCUAUUCACUGUUGUCUUUUUUAUCACAUUUAAAGAUCCGCUUUCUUAUGGACCCGCCCUUGUUGUUUUUCUUUUUCUUUUUUCAUGUUUCACUCAAUAAAAGCUAUCACUGCACCUUUUCGAGCAGGGUUGCAUACACAAUCCUUUGAUUUUCGGCGAAUAGGCACAGAAAAGAAUGCAGGUGCUCUUCAGGAUUUACUAAGACGUGUGAUGGAAAUUGAUGCAGAUAUUACCAAUACUCCUAUUGCCGAAUUCAAACCAAAUACUAUGCAAUGCAACGCAUUUUGUGUAGCAGAUCAUUUUGAUUUGACACACAUUCCCUCCAGACUAGAACAAAUCAAGGGGUUCAAUAUUACCUCACAAUUAGACGGUUUUGUGAGUGUAUUAGAUCAAGAACAAGGUGGAGAUAUGUACAUGUUUAGUAAUGGAACCUUCGUUUCUUGGGGCAUAGAUAGCGAUCGGCAACAAUCCUUUUUAGACACUUUUGUGCAAAUGUCUGAUUUUAAGGCCACAACAGAGACUGUAGAAUACACGAUUGAUGAAGACGAAGUAACUGAUAUAAAGGGCAAUGUCAUCUUGUUAAAUCCAUAUAUGCCUUCCAUUGAACUAUCAAAGACUGCAUUUUCAUAUGGUCUUGGACGUUCAGCCAAGUUGAAAAGCAUUGAAAUGGACUUGGAAGACCAUUUGGCGCAGCUCAGUGGAGUACCUGCGUCAUUUAGUGACGACACACAAAAGCAUACACUGAGUCGUGUCCAUAUAAGCCAGUUGUUCCGUAUUCGUCAAAGAAUGAUGUAUGGGUCAAAUGAUGGGUUUUUGGGAACGGCUGAUUUUCAUUGGGCAAGACCUGAACUUGAAGCCUAUGUUGACAAGAUAUCAAAACAAUUUAAUGUGCGCACAAGAAUUGAAACAAUCAACAAAAAGAUAGACUAUGCCAAUGACUUGCUAAGCACAGCUAAAGCAUUUGAUCUUUUUAUGUAAAUUACCAUAAACAGAAAGUGCUGAGUCAAAUACAAAAAGUUACUUGGUAAACAUAUACUUCAAGGCAUUAUUAUGAAAUAAAGAGCUACUAGAUGGUUGUUUAUAUAAAUAAAGUACAUUAGUAUAAGAACA